GAGAUUGGAGAGAGAGAGAGAGAGAGAGAGGGAGAGAGAGAGAGAGAGAGAGAGAGAGACACACACACACACUUUUUAGUGCUUAAUAUCCUAUCUGAUCACUUGUUUUGUGUCUACAAGAUCGAUCCAUUAGCGACCUCUCUAAUCGACCCCUGAUGGCGGAUGCGGCUAAAGAUUUAGCUUCAGGGACUAUUGGAGGAGCAGCUCAGAUAAUCGUAGGUCAUCCAUUUGACACAAUCAAAGUCAAACUCCAGAGCCAACCGGCUUCAACACCUGGACAACCACCAAGGUACACCGGUGCCAUUGAUGCGGUUAAACAGACUGUUGCUGCUGAAGGACCUAAGGGUUUGUACAAAGGUAUGGGAGCUCCGCUUGCAACCGUUGCUGCCUUAAAUGCGGUUUUGUUCACCGUGAGAGGUCAAAUGGAAGGGCUGCUUAGGUCCGAUCUUGGAGUUCCAUUGACCAUUAGUCAACAGUUUGUGUGCGGCGCAGGCGCUGGUUUCGCAGUCUCGCUCCUUGCUUGUCCUACCGAGCUGGUCAAAUGCAGGUUGCAAGCACAAAGUGCACUAGCCUGCGCCUCUACCACAAGCUCAGUGGUUGCAGCCGUGAAAUACGGUGGACCAAUGGACGUAGCCCGUCAUGUGCUACGAUCAGAAGGUGGAGCACGAGGGCUAUUCAAAGGUUUAUUCCCUACAUUUGCCCGAGAAAUCCCCGGAAACGCGACUAUGUUUGCCACCUACGAAGCGUUCAAGCGGUUCUUAGCCGGUGGUUCUGACACUUCAAGCUUAGGACAAGGAUCACUGAUCAUGGCUGGUGGGGUUGCUGGUGCAUCUUUUUGGGGAGUUGUUUACCCGGCCGAUGUUGUGAAGAGUGUUCUUCAAGUAGAUGAUUAUAAAAACCCCAAGUACAAGGGUUCGAUGGAUGCUUUUAGGAAGAUUUUGAAAGCUGAAGGAGUUAAAGGUUUGUAUAAAGGGUUUGGUCCUGCCAUGGCUAGGAGUGUUUUUGCUAAUGCUGCUUGCUUCUUGGCUUAUGAGAUGACAAGGUCAAGCUUGGGAUAAAUCGGUUUUGUUUGGUUAUAACUUUUUGGUUCGAUUUGUUGAUGUUCCCAUUGAUUAAUCUUCUAAAUUUUCAGCAAAUUUUUUUGGAUGAUUCUUCUAAUCUUUCAGCAAAAUUUUUGUCUAUUUCUUUACACAAUUUAUAUGGAACAUUAUAUAUAUUCAGCUUUAA